CAGCCGUUCAAGUGGCGCGUACCGACACCUCUCCGUGUUCCCGUGCCGCGAUCUUUCAUCGAAGGAAACUCUUCUCCAUCCUCGCGUUUCCUUCUCGGACCGCGAACGGAUUAUUAUGUGCUACGACGUUAGAUUCUGUGCUUAAGAUAGUGAUUAAUUGACUCGGUGGCGCCGAUUUUUGGAUGUACCAGUCGAACUCUGCCACUCAAGGACACCAAAGAUGCUGAAGUGGACAGUUUCGAGAUCGUUGUCAGCAAGCGGCUCGACGCCUCACGGUCCGGCCAGCAUGAACAAGGCAUCCCGCAGGCCCUUUCGGGAUCUAUCUAAUACGCCUCCCGCUGCUGGAACCAAAACUCGGAGCAUACCUGCUCCGAACGCCGAGAAUGUAUCGGCUAGAACAACGCCAGCACGCCGAAGAAGGUGCAGAAGUCACGGGAGCGAUUUGAGAACUUACUUCCAGGCGACGAAACCAAAUCUGCGAGUGAGCAAACGUCAGUCGAUGUCACAGCAGCCGGACAAGUCAUCGGUCACAGAGAGUUUCUAUCAGAGCACGCCCAGGGUCGACGCGGAUAUCGGCCCGUUGACGUUGCUCCCGGCUGGCAGUAAAUGCUCGACAGCGUUGACCCUGCCAACGGAUCCGGCGCUCUUUAUGAAAACUAGGGCGAAGAGUUUCCAGAGCGACAACGAGCUGCCGCAAAACAUCGUGAACGAGGCCAGGGCUAAUCUACAAUCGCACGUAUCGGACUUUUUUCAACAGAUAUCCAUGGCCACCAGCCCGGAAGACGUGAUGGAGGCCGAGUCGGUGCCGCUGUCGAACACUAAACUGUUCACGCGGAACGAGGCAAAGAGCAAAUUAACCGACUGCGCGAAAAUAGCUUAUCUACCGAAAUUGGCGAAGAUCACGAAGGUCCACGCGCGAUGCAGAACUCCGUAUCAUACUAAGAACGUAGCGAACGCGAGCCCGUUCAAAGGGAGAAGCCACGGUCAAACGCCCCUGGCUGGAAAACUGUCCAAUUUGGCCAUCGACCAAGAUCUACCGAAAUUCGAGAACAUGGACAACACUGUCACGGAGGUCCUCAACAGAGAGCAGGAGAUGAACUUUACUGGGAAAACGGUGGCAGAGAUCCUUUUGGGAGAUAUCGAGGAGAGGAAGAAGGUGUUGGUCGGUGAAGAUGAGAAUUUCCCUAAACUGGAUAAUACGUACGAGACGAUCGAGGAGAUCGCGGACGAGGAGGCCGCGUGUCACAACGACAGCUCCGUGUCCUCGGCCAGCCAACUGCUGGAGGAUCCUUCUCCGAUGUCGUGGCCGUUCACCUCACCGUCGGACGACUUCGACGGCGAGUUCACGUUAAAGCGGCAACGAGGAAUUCGGCGGAAACGGCACCGAAAAGACACCGAGAAGGCGUUCGACGGAAAACGAGCCAAGAGACGCUCGUCUAGUCACAGCCCGUCGACUGAGACGAAGAAGCUAGGAACGUUGGACGUCCUGGUGGAAGCCGUGAAUCCGAACGUGAAAAAACUCGCGUUGGAGACCGAUUUAGACACCACACUCGACGAGAAAUGUAUGUUCGAGCCGAAGGCGUUGUUCGAGGACCGCAAGGACGAGGAAACCGCGAGGAGAACCAAUACUUGGGAUUUGGAAAGUCCGAAGUCGACCAUCACAGACGAUUUUCACAGCUCGAAGUCGUUUCUGACUUCGAUGUCGAACACGCCCGAGACGCCGCUGGUUGCUACCGUUCGGAGGUGCUUGAAAUUCAGUCCAGAGUCCGAGCCACCGAAACCGAACUGCCACGGUUCGAUCGAGAUCGAGUAUUUCGUCCGGUCUGAACCUUCGGGCGAUCAGAUACACGUCCGAGUGAUAAGGUGCAAGGACCUGAGGAGGGUGUACGAGGGUCCCAUCCACGCUUACGUGAAGGUGAGCUUGAAGAAUACGAACGGCGAGGGGGUGGUGAAGCGUACGGCUGUGCACAGGGCCACGCCGAAUCCCGUUUUUCACGAGACCUUGAUACUGCCCUGCCCGGUGAACAACAAUCACUGCACCAGCAAGCUCACGUCCCUGGACAUCGCGGUUUGGCACAGGGAUCGUCGUGCAAGACGUAGCGAGCUAUUGGGCUGCAUGACUCUCCCUCUACCCCUGUCACAAGACAAGGAAGCGACAUGGCACCCGCUAGAAGCAGGAACCGGUCGGAACACGAGUACGCCGUAUGUAGGUUUACCACAGGACUGCGGUAUCUCUCCGCCGUUGUCCAAGGACGGAGAUCCAGAUAAUAAUAACUCAGGUGCGGAGGACCUGACGUAUCUGAGGCAUCUAGAAUUAGAGCCUCUCGAUCCUCUGACCGGGCUGCCCCUGCAUCCAGGCUUCACCGCCAGAGGUGGCAGAACACCCUGCACCAUUACGAGAAGGCUGAUACGGCAAACUGCAGCUAAUCAGGUCCCAUGGGGAUUCUCGUUGUCCUGGGGAAGGCCGCCCCGCGUGGAACGCGUGGACCCGUCGAGCCCUGCGGAGCGGUCCGGCCUGAGGCCAGGUGACUACGUGGUGUUCGUCGACACGACCAACGUAGUCACCCGAUCGCGGGAAGAGAUCCUCGGCCUUAUCCAGGCGGCCACUAAUCAGCUGAUCCUCGAGGUCUACCGAAAGGGGAACGUUCACUCGUCGUUACAUCGGCCAAGUUCGAUGAACGUCAGCCUGCAGCAACCGAACGCUGGCGGACAUCAUGUCGCGUUUAACGCUGAGAUAUUCCCGAAUUUGGCGCCGGACGCGCCGCCAGAAGAGGAAUUGACGGUGCGCGAGACGCGCUAUUGGGGCAUCCUGAAGAGCGGUCACACGCGCUUCAUGACACCGCUGGCCGAGAGACGCGACGUUCUCUCCGCCGCGGAUUACAUGAUACUGUUCCAAAAUUUGGACGAGCUGCUGAAGAUCUCCGAGGAGAUCCGGGACGAGGGCGGCGGGGUCGAGAGUUACCUGUGCAGGGUACCAAGGAUCACCGCGGCCUACAGGAGAUAUCUGAGCGGGUUACAACGCGCCUGUUGUCUGCUGGUUGCUCUUAGAAGGAACACGGCGUUCGCGAAACUCGUCUGCGAACCUGCCGUUCCCCACAAGAGACGGCCCGAUCUUACGGGCGUGUUGCUCUUACCUCUAGAACAUUACAGAGAGAUGACGAGACUGUUGGGUUUGGCAUCUCCACGGAAUUGCCAACAAGCCCGAGACUUGGCACAGGGUUACAGGGAAGCGACUGCCAACGCUGGUGUCAUGGAACCGCCCCGCGACACCGGAAGGCCUCUGCUCAGUCUGCAGGAGGUCGAGUCCCGUUUGGUCUUCGCGAGAUGCAAACCGUUCACUCUGGCCAUGCCCGGUAGACAAUGGCUUUUCGGAGGAGCGUUAGCAAAAGUGGAAGGUCGGGCCCGGCUUCAACCUACCUGGGCUCUGCUUCUCACCGACCUACUCGUUUUCGCGCGCGUCUCUCGGGACCGCGUGCUGUUCGUCACGGAGGAGCCUUUGCGACUGUCGAACAUCGCCGAAGCUUGCUUUACCGUCCGCAAAAGGCCUACGGAGUUUCGAUUACAGAUCGCUAUAAAUCCGAACCGAAACACGGAGAACGGUCACAUCGAGGUGACCAACAGCGGUGGCUGCAGUCCGCACAGUCGGCCAAGGAGACGAUUGUUGGUGCUGCGCGCACCCACUCCGGAAUUGAAAGCCGUUUGGCACAACCUUCUUCAGAGGCAAAUAAUCUAUGUGAAUACAGGCUAUGGGGGAACACCGAGUCAAGACAGCCCGGAAGAGAGUCCGGUAGCUGGUAAUAAUUUCAUCACGGCCACAGUCAGGGAACCGACAGAGAGUUCGCAGACGACCACGGAGUCGCGGAAACAGGACGAGGAAAAAGAAUCGCGCUCUGCAGAGAGCAUCGAUACUAUCAUCAAGAGUUCGAGGGAGAACAAUCAUCUCGCCCAGUGGGUGAGGAACUCUCAUCAAAUACCGCCCCCGGAUCACGAAGAAGUACCGAUAGAGGAGUGGACGGCCGAGGAAUUGGCUGCGAGGGCACCGAAGGAAACUGGGAACGAGUCGAAUCAGGAACAGAACGCGCAAACGGAGGACGGGCAAACGGAAGUGCUCGGCUCCGACAUAGAACAACAGAGUACUGCAUCUAGCGCGAGUCUGAGCACCGUGAAAUCGAACAGCGUAAUCGCAAAGAAGAACGGCAGCCUCUCGUCUUCCAAGGAGAAUUCUACAGGGUCGAUAAACAUUUGCAGAAGGUGUCACAGAUCAGGUUGUCCAACGCCUCCUUUGACGAGGGACCCGUUUUCUCCACUGCCACCAAAAAUUUCGGUGGUACCACCAACGCCCGAUUUUUGCACCAGGCAUAGACUGAGGAACGGACCGCAUGACAGCCCCGGUAGGAAUAGUCCAGGCUAUACUCCGGCCGAUGGGAACACGGAAGACGGGAGCGAGGACGAUCUUGACUGCGAUGGUGAACCACCGUACAGGGCUUUGAGGAGAUUCGGGACGAUGAGUAGUCUGGAUCAAGACGACGAACUGGAGGAACAGGGGGAGGACGAGAAUCGGGAUUCCGAGUCGCCGCCGACGGGUUUAAGAGCGUGGACCGCGAGGGCGAGUAGUUACGUAGUCAGCAAAAUGGCCUUGCUCGAGCAGCUCGGGGAAGGCGUGAGUGGAUACCUCCUACAACCGCCGGUACCACCGGAGAGAACGGAGUUCUCGUUGGACCCGAACGACGAGGAGGGUACGACCUCCGGUGCCACGUCCGGGGACGAUAUCUGGGGAACCCCGACCUCCGGUGGCCCCGACGACGAGAGUUUCACCGCCAGCUCGCCGCCGCCAAACGGUGCAGUCGCGUCCGGCGAGGAUAACUACGGUCUCAAUCUGUCGGCGGACGACGACGCCGAUCAGGAAUCCGAGAACGAGGACUGCAAUCUACCGGAAUUGAACAUGGAGCAGCUGCUCGGGAGCGGAAGCCUCAGCUCGUUGAGGUGUUUUCUAGGCAGGCAGAGAUUAGAACCGCUCCCGGAAGAGGAGGACACGUCUGGUGGCGCGAAGGAUCAGGUCGGAUGGUGGUGACAACGGUUUCAAACGGCGACGUCGAAGAGCGUCGGCUCAAGUUCCGAUGCGAACGACAGGGAUCGUGCGUUCGCCAGGCUGAGCCAGGAGGACGAGGAUUUCCGCAGGAAGAUAGUCAAUCUUCACAGGAAACUAUCGGACGUGGAAGACACGAGGAACACCUCGGACGGAGGGAACAUUUCGAACGAGGCGGACCGUUUAAGGGAACUGGAGUUGGUCGCGCAGAGAGCGGAGGAGACCAGCAGCAGGAACGCCGAGAGGAUGGGCGCGGAACAAGCCAGGAGAGAAGAGUAUUCGUCGGAAUUCGGUGACGUUAGGGGUCGCCGUUACAAUCGGAAAAAUGACGAUCGACGGAGACGUAUACAACUGUUUCAACGAAAAUCGAAAAAGCUCGAAGAGGAUGCGGACGAUCAGAACGACGGCAGUCCUUCGACGGAAAAGAAUUUUUUAAAUCGGUUGAGAAUAAAGCGACGUAGUAUGAAACUGCUGAGCUUCUUGAGCGGAAGGUCCGCGGACAGGUCGCAGGAGGAACGAGCCGCGAGACUCUUGAGGAUGUACAUGCCCGAGAAGGGAUCUAAAGCACAAAAUACCAUUUCUAUUCACCAUACGUCCAGAGACAGACGAUUUUGGAAACUGCGGAGUCGUAGACGAACUAAUUCCUCUUAAACGUAACAUACGAGGACGUGACAUGGGAGGAGGAACGAAGGCGACAAGCAGUGGAGAUAACGACCGUUUCUUUGUUACUUAUUAGAAUUUCCAAGUAUUCGAGUUAUCAAAGUUUUUGUGAAUUCUACUUAAGCACCUACAAGUCGAGACUUGUUUUUCAUAGGACUCUAGCGUAACAAUACAAAAUUAGGUUUACGACUUCGAGUCUAGAUUAUAUUUCUUCGUCUCGUAAAAGAAGAUUUAAAAGUAAGUCAGUACUUUUGUCGAUGGACGGUUAGUCGAUUAAAGAGUAAAGAGAACGCGGGCGUCGCGUUCACGAUCGUAGCGUGCUUCUUAAAUUUUUGGAAAAAGAAGAACGGUCUAAUUUCGUGAGAUUUAAAAACGGCCUAGUGGAGCGUCUAUGAGAAUCUACGUUUAAGAUACCGUUUCGUUUACCGCGCAAGACUGCUCGUCGAUCUAGUCUCGCUCAUUAAUACUUAGACGAUAAUUUGUUUCAUUUUUUGGAACACCGUAUAACGUAUAAGUAUGUAGGUCCGCACGACUGACCCAAAGCGGCACUCAUCUUCCACCGAAUAGAUAUUUGCUCGAAUAAUACGAUAACGACAAAAAUAUAAAAAAUUGUAAAAAAUACUGAAAUUUUAACAUUACUGUUGGUAGGUUGUAACAUAGCCGUUAACGGCUGUAAUCAAUAUACAAAUAAAGUAUAUUAUUUGUUCAA